GUUUCGUCUCCCUGCUGUGCUGUCGUCUCCGCCGCGGACGUUCCCGAAAAAAGGCACGACCACCUCACGUUCCCCUCCCCGCCAUUGCUCUGCUCAUUCCGACACUCCCCCUCCCCAAGCAGCUGCAGCGGCGCGGCACGAGAUGAAUCUGCACGAUAGAGAAUUCAUGUAAACCACAGAGGGCCCACAAUUCCUAUGUCUGCCAGCCUUCAGUUGAUGCGAUGGUACGCGAAUUAUCUGGUAAGUGCUGUGGCCUAUAGUACUUGAUCAAAAGAUGAAGUCAACAGUGUUUUCUGCUGUUGCUGUUUCUAUUGGUUAUAUAUUACUUGGAUGGGAUUUUACAACAGUUUUAGAGGCUAAUGCCCAUAUGGAAAAGGAAUUUGACUUGCAGAAUGGACAUUCAAUCCAGGGAAUAAUUGUAGCAGUUUCAGUUUUUGGGGCUGUUGUGGUCACAAUAUUCUCUGGAUCACUAUUGGAUUGGCUUGGAAGACGUGCUGUAUUGAUUUACUCAUCUCUGCUAUUAUUUUCCGGUGGCGUCCUAAUGUUGUGGUCUCCAAACAUCUAUACCCUACUCCUAGCAAGGCUAAUUGUUGGAUCAGGAAGUGGUUUGGUUUUCACAUGUGUCCCAAUUUAUAUCUCAGAAACAUCUUCGCCAGAUAUGAGGGGAUCACUGGGAACUAUGCCACAGUUUAUGUUCAUCGUUGGGAUAAUCUUUUCCUAUUGCAUGGUAUUUUGGAUGACCCUGGUGUCUUCUUAUAACUGGAGAGUUAUGGUUGGCUCAAUUUUCGCUCCUUCCAUUGUGUACUUUGCUUUAUUGGUGUUCUACUUGCCAGAGUCGCCUAGGUGGCUUGUAAGUGAUGGAAAAAUUAGUGAGGCCAGAAUUUCUCUACAGUGGCUUAGAGGGAAGGAUGAUGUUUCAGGUGAAAUAUCUCUUAUUGUUGAUGGUAUAAACAUUAUACCGGGCAUGGGCAUUGGAGGAAAUGCUAGUAGCAAUGCUCAAGGUCAAAGUUUUGUUCGAACCAGCACCAGCCAACUCUCACGUUAUAGUAGUUUGUAUUGGCACCUUUCAGACCCACUAGUUGAUCUUCUUGGAAGUAUACAUGAGAAUAUGUCAGACACAGGAGGUGUGAGAAACAAUUUCUUCCCAGCCUUCCACAGUUUUAAUUUUGUAGAACGUGAACGGAUGGAUGAGUACAGGGAAGAGGACGACAGUGUUCAACAGAACAGGGAGGCUUAUCCUGGCGAUGAAGGCAAUAAUGGAGAUGGUUUACAGGCUUCUCUCCUUUCCCAGGGUGCAAGUGCAGAAGGAUAUGAUACAAAUGCCCCCUUUACCUCUGAAGGGAGUUCUUCAUAUUUAAGAAGGCAUGGCACAACAGGACUUGUGCAAGAAUUUGCGGCAUCUUUACAAGAUCAUGACAUUGAAGAAGAAGAAGAAAUCCAUGAAGCGGCAUUAUUUUCUCAUCAGCCUGCACAUCAUGAUGUGGAAGGCACAAGGAUACAUCCAUCAAGACAACAAAUUGUCCGGCUAUCUGAAACCGCUGAUAUAAAGCCUAAAUGGAGGGUACUUCUUCAGCCAGGAGUCAGGCAUGCUCUGUGCCAUGGCAUGUUAAUUCAAGCUCUUCAGGAGUCUGCAGGAAUCAAUGGCCUUCUACGCUACAGUCCUCAGAUUCUUGAACAAGUUGGAGUAGUUAGUUUGUUUUCAGACAUUGGGCUUGGUUCUCAUUCAACAGCGAUCCUCAUAAGUGCCCUUAAUGCUUUGCUCAUGCUGCCUUGUAUAACUGCUUCAAUGAUUCUGAUGGAUAUCUGCGGACGAAGGGCUCUUCUCCUUUUCACCACUCCUAUCCUAAUGUUGUCACUGAGUGCAAUACCUCUGUCCUCCAUAAUGAACAUGGGAUCUGUGGCGGAAGCAAUCCUCUUCCAAGUAGCGUUAACCAUUUGCUUCUGCUCUUAUGUCGUUGGUUUGGGCCCGAUACCAAAUAUUCUGUGCUCUGAGAUGUUUCCGACCAGGGCCCGUGCAACAUGUGCAAGUUUUUGUUCACUUUCCUUCUGGUUCGGUAGGCUGCUUUCGAUAUAUUGCUUUCCUGUGAUGCUGAGUACCAUUGGGCUCACAGGAGCAUGUGGUGUCUAUGCAUUCAUGUGCUCCAUCAUUCUUCUGUUCAUCUACUUAAGAGUGCCGGAGACGAAAGGUCUUCCCUUGGAGCUCAUUGCUGAGAUCUUUAAAUUUUCAAAGCAAGAAUAUUGAUAAGAGAAUCAAGGAAUAUUCAGGAUUGAAGACUAGACAAGCUGAGCGUUCAAUGUCUGCUUGCUCUGUUGUGUGUACAUAUGACAAAUGUAGCAUUGUUGUUGGAAUUUUUGUGCUAGUUAGGGGGAUUGGUGAUAGUGCAUUUGUGCAUGUAGUGGUUAUCUACUUCAGUUAUAGAGAUACAGAAAGAAAAUUUCAUGAUUCUUUCACGAACAUGGAGCAAGAGAAUUGACGGCUGUUGUAUUGCAGAUAAAAUCACAUGUGCUUAUGUUAGUUAUGUAGACUCGUAUCUAGGGAAACAUGUUAAAUUCAGAACUUCUGCGACAUUCUGAAGCUA